GAAUAAGGCGGUGUCACACACAACAAAACGACGGACAAUAGCAAACGCUUGCACGUGCAGCACCGUGGUUUCAGCGCCUGAUGCUAUUGUGCGCUGGACAGGGUUGGAUGAAUAGGACAUGUGGUACUGUGUCACAAUAAGAGCAGGGCGUAGGGCGUGUUUGUGUCAACCUUCUUAUUGUUAUCAUUAUCCGGCAUCUCUUCCCUCUCGAUCUGUUCCUUCAUCAAUACCGUCACUGCAAGACAUUGUCUGAGCUGGGGCUAUUGAGAGUGUUUGCACAGUCGGAACUAUAAUUCAUCUAUCUACAUUUAUCUGCCAUCUAUACCCACAUCUACUGUUCAUCUGUUACUUCCAUCAACCAUCUCUGCAUACAUAUUCGUCCUCUCCGCCGAGUCUUCAAGCCUCACGAUAACUUCCAUCCAUCAAACUCAUCGACCACCCUACUACAUCGGCUCGUCAAUCACAAAAUGUCGGCCACAACAGCAACCCCACCAACAUCACUUCCAUCACUUCCAUCACUUCCAUCAACCACACCCAUGACUCCUCCACCACCCGCCUACACGCCCACCACCCGGCCGCCCCUCCCUCAACCCUCAACAAACCUCCCCUAUACCGCCAAUGCCAACUUCACCUACAACCCCUACAACCCUUUCGCCGGCGACGAUUCCGAUGCCGAAGACGACGACACAAAUCUCGUCAUCAACGCCUCGACCCAGAUCCGCGGCUCAGGAAACGUCGUCGCCAUGCCCCUCAUCGACGCGCCGCGUAUCAGCGCCGCGCUGUUCUCCGUCCUGAAGACACAGGGCACAGGGAGGAGGGGCACCGUCAAUGUGCAGAUUCAUUGCGGGGUGACGAUUGUUGGGGAGAGGAAUGUGGUGGGCUUGCAGGGGUUGGGGCUACGGCCAAAGGCUACGGCGGCGACUCCGGCGGCAGCGCCGGAGCCGCAGAAAGACGGGGAGAGGGAAGGGGAGCGUGUUGAGGAGGUGAGAAGUGGGGCUGGUAUGAAGAGGAAGGCUGACGAUGAUAUUACGCCUCCAGCCCCCAAAGUUGUGAAGGUUGAGAGCGCCUAGCCUCAUCCUCCGUUACUACGCUCUCUCUCGAUUGGGCUGCCCCUAUAAUGCGAAUAUGAUUGGAGAUAUAUUUUUUGGAUGUUUACCUUUGCUCAAGCACUGCGACUGUUUUUUCGAGGAAGGAUAAUCAGACUGUCAUGCCAACGAUACGGCUAUGGGUUAAUUCCAUCGAGUAUGUACUUGGGAGGGGGCUUAUUCAAGACUAGACUGUCAUUCUCAUCAGCGACCUCGAUACGAAUGUGGGUUUAUCUGGGAGGGCAUGGAGGAAAAUGAAGAAAUCAAUGGAUUGGAAGCGGGUAUCCAUAUGAAGCAUAUGGAGUAAUGAAAAUGAGUUAUACAUAACCACAACCACCAUGACUGAGGGGUUGAGAUCUGGAAUAUAUUUGGAAUUCAGGCAGAGUGGUGCCUUCGUCUAGUUUCG